AACGCCGAAACGCAUUUCUGUGCCACUUGCACCUUGGACUUUAUUUUAGUUGGACUUUAUUUCAGUCGACACAAACAAACAUGGAUAAGUGGGUUCAGUUAAAUAACCAAGCAGCCGGAAGAGAUAAAAUUGCGAGACUUAUCCAAUAUGCGUCCCGUGCCAUGUGGGAUUCACUGGAGAGCUCUAAUGCCCACCCUGCAUUGGUAGACAAUUUCAAGACCAUUGAGUACAUAUUGAGUACAUUCCGAAAACUACUUCGUUUUGGAAAGGGCUUGGAUGUCUUCUACGCUAGUCUGCGUGCCAUACAUUAUCCAGAUUUGACAAUUCGUGUUACAUUAACUAUGAGCAAGAUUUCCCAAGCCUUAUUCCUGCUGGCUGAUCAUCUACUUUGGCUUGCUCGCACCGGGCUGACCACUGUGAACGCUAAGAAAUGGUCAAAAGUGGCCAACAAGUAUUGGCUGUUUUCAAUUAUAAUGAAUCUGUGUCGGGAUUUUUACGAAGUAGUGCGUGUCUUGGAUCUGCACAAAGCUGGAUGCAAAGGUGGCAUAACACGCUGCAAGAUUCCAACCAGCAUUAAUUCACCAGCGGACGUUAAACGUUUGGCUCUGCAAUCCUACGUUAUGGUAUUGGCCCACAAAGAUAUCUUUGUUGAUACUGUGAAAAAUAUGUGCGAUGUCUUUAUACCUCUCACGGCUUUGGGUUACACAAGUAUGACACCGAGAACUAUAGGCAUGCUCGGAGCGAUAUCGUCAGCAGCUGGACUAUGGGCACUACUCGAUUCAACAGCCAAGCUGUCACCUUCAUAAAACAAAUAAUUUUAUGCAUAUCUACAUACUAUGUAUUGUGUUGUACUGUUUGUUUAUUAUUACGUAAUUUGUAAAUUGACGAUUUUAUAAAAAUGCUUAAUGUAAUGUAUAUAAA